GGAGGAGCUUCCUCUGUCAUAUGAUCUCCAGACAUGGCUGAAGUGGAAAAGAUGCAAAUUUGAUAUCACCAAGACAGUGUACGAUUUACUUAUCACAUGCCAUCAUUCGAACUCCUGUCGGAUUCUCAUAUAGAAAUCUAGAAAAGCGCGAUAAAUAAUCAUGAUGCUGAUAAGUUGAUAACGUGAGUGUUUGUCUGGUUUGCAACUGGGCAGCAGCUCUCCACAAUGCGAUCGUGUUUACAGCAACCAGAACUCGGAGUUAUACUCAGGUUAAUACACCUCACCAUAUAAACUUUUCUAACAACGGCCGAUCAUGUUCGGAGUUCUGAACCGCUUUAUCGGCCACCUGGACGGCGAACCGGUCCAGCAGCCUCGAGCUACCACCAACGAUAAUGCAUUUGGAUUCCAAGUACUUCGCAACAAGGACCCGGAACUUCCCCUAGAGCCAUGGUUUGACUUCAUUGUUGGCAUUAAUGGGCGUCUGAUUGACUAUCCGGACCCGAAUCUGUUCGCUACAGAAGUUCGUAAUUGCGCCGGCUCCAAUGUGACAUUCGAAGUUUGGAGUGCGAAGGGUCAGAAGACACACACCGUCUCUAUCCCAAUCUCCCCAUCCAAUCCUACGCUGGGCCUCGCAUUGCAGCUUGCGCCUCUUUCCUCGACACAACAUAUCUGGCAUGUGUUGAACAUCCCGUCACCGCUCAGUCCAGCAUACCGGGCAGGGUUACUCCCACACUCAGACUACAUUAUUGGAACGCCUAGUGGGACGUUACGGGGAGAAUCCGCACUGGGAGAAUUGGUGGAGGACCACCUGGACCGAACACUGGUGUUGUGGGUGUACAACAGCGAAUUCGACGUAGUACGCGAGGUUGAAUUGGUGCCCACCCGAGGCUGGGGUGGUGAGGGCGCAUUAGGAGCCGAACUAGGCUACGGUGCAUUACACAGACUGCCCGUUGGGUUGGGUGAGGAGGUGGAAGGCCCUGGCGAGGUAGUAUUUGAAACGCGUGCGGAUGGCACCUCCACUCCCGUCCUGGAUCCGAUGAAUCCGACACAGGGCCAGGGUGUCGGACCUGGUGCAACCGCUGGCGGUCAUUUUCUGGUUCCGGCCAAUAUGACAGCGCCGCCUCCCUUGGCGUCGCAGGCGCCACGAAGCCUUUCUGGGUCACCAGCGCCUGGCCCAUCACCUGCUGCGCGCCGUGGCAAGACCCGCCAAUACGCCGUUUCGCCUAAUCGGGCAUUUGAUGAGUAUUUUGCCGAGGGUGAACAGAAGAGUAAAGAGCAGGACUACGCUCCGUCACGGAAGGGAACGCCGCUACCUCCUCCGCCAAAAGGAAUUCGGUCGCCGCCGCCGCCGUCGUCGUCAGGAAGCCCCGCGCCGGCGACGGAGUAGGGAAGCGGAUUGCCUGAUGACUAGGUAUUCCGAUCGUAGAGUUUCUUGUUUGUAGAGUAUCAUGAGUCUCCGGAGUUACGAUGGUCGAGUGGGGUAUGAUAUACCAAUUGAUGGAUUCCCAAUUUCAGUCAAUCUUUCACAGCGAUGCUGCGCACCCCUUUCUACUACACCGAAUUUUAGAUACGAGGCGAAAUGUGCCGAACAGGGAGUCUUUGAAUCUAACUGUUUAAA